UAAGUGCAACCGAUCUCAGAUCAGUCUGUGUAGUUUUAACAGGACUGCUGUUAACUGUAAGGAAUUUAACUAACUGACCAGAGAACAGUAAAUAGUGAGUCGUUUCCCUCCUUAUCGCCUUUUAUGAAACUUGUAGCCGCUUCCUUGUUUCUGCAGCGGUUCUGUCAAGGUCCAAACAAACAUGGCCCUGACUGUUUUAUACCACAGCCUGGGUUGCCGGCUGUUGAACAGUAAAGUCUUCCAGAACCACGCAGUCAGACUCGCACACACUGCUUGCCAAAGAGAAAGUGGACUGAGACACACGCCGUCACCGCGGAGUGUUCACUGCUACAUGGUGAAUGUAGGUCAGCCAAACACCUGCAGAUCAACACAAUGCUUGAAUCAACACUACUCACGAGCUUUUUCCUCAUUGCCUCCACCUCCACCAUCAGGAGAUAAGCCCAAGAAGUCAGGGCCUGUGACGUGGAAAUCUUUAGCAAUAACGUUUGCUAUCGGAGGGGCUUUGCUGGGAGGGAUGAAAUAUUUCAAGAAGGAAAAGGAGGAACUGAUUGAAAAGGAGCGGAACAAAUCGAUCGGCCGGCCGGCGCUCGGCGGUCCGUUCUCACUCGUGGAUCACAAUAACAAGCCCACUAAGAGCGAGGACUUCUUGGGUCAGUGGAUCCUCAUCUACUUCGGGUUCACCCACUGCCCCGACAUCUGCCCUGAUGAACUGGAAAAAAUGAUUGAAGUGGUGGAUGAAAUAGACAGAAUCAAGUCUCUUCCUAACCUGACGCCCAUCCUCAUCACCAUCGAUCCUGACAGGGACACACCGGAGGCCAUGGCUGCGUAUGUCAAAGAAUUUUCCCCAAAGCUGAUUGGUCUGACGGGGACGGCGCCUCAGAUCGACGAGGUGUCCCGAGCCUACAGGGUGUACUACAGUCAGGGCCCAAAGGAUGAAGACAACGACUACAUCGUCGACCACACGAUCAUCAUGUACCUGGUGGGACCCGACGGAGACUUUGUGGAGUAUUUUGGGCAGAACAAAAGAAGCGUGGAGAUCACAAACUUGAUAGCAGCUCACAUGAGGAAGUACAAGAAGACGAAGUGAGCGGCAGCUCCUUAAAGCCAGCGUGGACUGACAGGAUUGUGUCUCUGCUGUUUCAUACUGACCUCUAUUUAUUUUGAAUACACUCUCAAAUUAAGGCCUGCUUUUUGUAUGCAGUCAGAUUCCUGUCAGAGACCUGAUGAUGUCAGGGUCCUCUCAUGUUUCUUCAUCUUCCCUAUCCGUCUCCUCUGAGUCUGUGACCUGGACAUUGGUCUCUGGAAAACAUCCUGAAACAAGCCUAUGUUCCUGGAGGCUGCAGGACGAGCUUUAAUAGGGAUGCACAGUGGUACCUGCUGCAUGAGUCUUCUCAGCCUCACACUAACUGCAUAUUAUGUUAAUCCUCAUCAGAAACCAUCAAAUAAAGUGGCAGUUUCAGUUAAAAUAAAUUUA